UUCCGUUUAUUUCGCAUCGAGACGCUCUCGCAGUUGGACGUGCAUAUUCCAUACCGUGGUCGUCGCGCUGAAUCGCGUGUAUUUCGUUGGGCCCGUAGUUCUACGGAAUCAGCCUGAGUGGUGCUGGUGGUGGAAGUGGUGUUGUUGGUGAACUUGUUAUCGUGCAAUCAGAUGGAUACUGUUGUUGAACGUGAUUUUCGGCAGAUUCAGAGGCACGGUUACUCGUACGUUGUUACGUUUCACUCGGGAAAUUGGAAGAUCUUGGUGGCUAAUGAAUUUUAAUGGUCGGUCGAACCGCUCCGAAGAAGGAAGAAAUCGUUAGGAAUUGCAAGUUUACGGGUAAUCCGAAAAUUUGAUGGCUUUUCGCAGAAGAGCAAGGUACGAAUUCAGGAAUACAAGCCAAAACGAUAGGGUGUUGAGUGAUACAUGUUAAUCCUGGUUCGGUUGGCCAGGAAGUAAGAAACUUUCAAGAAGAAUAAAAGUCGUCCGUUCUGCAGCAGUGUGAUGAAAAGGUGGUACUUUUAGUGGUUCCGAGUUCAGCCGGAGGCAAACGAGAACGAAGAGAUUUGGUCGAAGCUUUGAACUUCUUGUGCAAAAGAAGCAGGAAGAAGGUGCAAAGGCGAAUAUAGAUAUACGGAAUUUGUACUUGGCCAAACGGGCUGUAUGUGUGUUUCUGGUGGAUCGAAUGUGGUGUGGUUGCUGCGGCGGGUUGUGCUGAAGAGAAAGACACCGUUACCAAUCGUAUGACCCAAGCAAUUCCUUGGGUUGCCCUGCCUGCAGAAGCGUUGGCGUGAUAGCAACGGCAGAAAAGGCCAGAUUUGAGGAUUGUAUUCAAUUGCAUGAUUCGUGUCGCUUUUGGUGAAAAGGUCAUCUUUAGUUGCAAAAGCCAACACUCUAAAGUGCAUGUGUGCAAAUUCUGCUAACCAAGUUGACAUUAAAAAGUAAACUCAAUCAGAAGUUAUCUAAUCCUUCGACUGCUCUUGUGAAGCAUUAUUACGAGCGCUUGUAAUUAUUCAAUAAAACCACAUCCAAACACCAACUUAACGUUUUUAUUUCUGGUCACAUUCGACUGAACCCGUUCGUGUAGAGUUGGACAUCGAGAAGCAAUUGAAAGGAAGAAAAGUGCUGUUUAAAUUCCGGUAUAAGUGCUUAGCGCUUAGUGUUGAUCUGCUGACUGAGCAAGUGAAAAAAGGAGUUUCACUUUGAUUAUGUUUUGAAUUUAUUGAAUUAAACAUUUUCCACCCCGAACCGUGUGGUCAGUUUCGCCACCAACGUCAGCCGCGCGCGAAAAUAAAAGUGGAGGAAAAGCCAAAAUCGACUGUGUGUUGUUUGUGCCCAAUUUAUUAAACCACAUCUAGGCUUAUUUUGGACUAUCACACUCAACUGCACCAUACCAGGGGGUGUGUUGGAUAACGCAGACCCAUUCAGCGUAGCUGCUCAGGUGCUUGUCAACUAUCAAUUCGACGCGGACUCCGAAUACUAUACCAAGUAGCAGCCGCACCAGCGCAAAGAGAUUUGGAAAACACAUAAAAACAAACAUCGGUAUCUGGACUGAUGAUAAAGAAAUGGUUUUCUGAGUCCCCAUCGCGCCGCCGAAUGUGAGGAAAAAAACAGGCAGCAUAUAUUGAAGAUCCCAACAUGGCGGACGCACUGAAAAUGGCGGAUAUGCAACGGGCCAGUGUCGAAUUUGAACGACAGCGGCAUUUAGCCAACUGGCUUAUCGAAUCCAGCCCGCACAUGCCGAAACCAACGCCCCAACAGCAGAAACAGCUGCAGCAACAACUUGGCAAAAAGGGGAAAUUCAAGCAGAAUCCAAUGUUCUUUCUCGCAAAAAUCGGCCACAACAUGAACUUUGUCAGCAGCAACAACCCGCCCCCAAUCGCUACUAACCUGAUGAGCAGCAAUUCGAUAGCAUCUACCUUCAAUUCGCAAACCAACCUGCCCCUAGCGAUCGUAUCAUCGUCCAGUCGGGAUGGCCACAAGCCUAAACUGAGACGUUUCAAUUCGCACGACACCAGCGCCAACAUGUUCUCGGUUGCCGAAUUCGAAAAUGCCCGUCUCGCGCGGAGGAACGAAAUCGAAAGUGCCGCCAUUCUGAGGCAACGGCAACGACAUAAGCUGAACUCCCUUUCGUCCGGUGGAGAUUGCUCCACGGGAGAGAGCAAAGGUUCCAAGCUCAGCAGCGAAUCUACCUCGGAACCACUGCUGGCCGAACAGUUUCUAGAGAAAUUUUCCCUCCCUCGUGUCGUACGCCUCUCGUACACCUCGGACGCAGCCGGUGGAAGCAGUUCCGGAGACCAAACGAUGACCUCGUCCAGCUCGGCCGAAUCAACCAGUACGUCCGAGAGGAAAAAGAAGAAAAAAUCUGCCAUAACAAGCCCUUCGAACGGGGAACUCUUCUUGCUGUAUCGGCUUAUGCGCAGCUUUAAAAUAUAUCACGUUUUCAACUCGAAGUCGGGGCAUAAUCGUAAGAAAGGGUACAAAAUACCACAGGAUUAUCCCGGUUAUUUUUCAUUUCUCAGUGAUAAAGGAACCCAACUGGCUACCGCCUAUACAACCAUCGUUCAACUGGUCCGGGAGCGUGUUUAUAAGUUUCUUUCGCUGGAAAACAUUUCUGCCUAUACUGAAUCUCAUGACAAUUUCAACCACAAAACGCAUUACGUCAAGGCAACGGCCAAAGCUGGACAGGUGUAUCGUUUGCUGGCCGUAUUCCAGGACGGAGAUCACAAGUCAGCAUCUAGUCAAAAGGACUCCGCAUCUGUCAGCGGGAACGCUGGUAGCGCGGAAAAAGAACGUGGCAAGUACGCUCAAUUGCUGGGAGAUAAUAGACAGAUUUACUACGUCUCACUAUCGGCCAAAGGUAAGUUCUAUGAAAUCGAACAACAUACGGCACCAGUAAUGCAGAAGAGCAGCAGCCUCGGGCAUCCCAACAGUAGCAACAAAGCACCGAAACAACUGAAUCGGGAAUGUGUUCACCGUAUCGGAUUCAUCAUGCAAUCGGAAGUAACCGUGCCUUUGAAUCUGAAAUUGAUUGCCAGUAUGAAUGCAAGUACUGGUGGAAAUCAAAAUAAUGUACCCGAAUACAUUACGAUCGCCAAACUAAGCUGCGAAAAUUUUAUCGUGGCAUGUCCCCUCGAUGAGCAUGACCUGACUUCAUCGCUCAGCCUAAGCAAGAUGCACCUGACACCGCAGAUGAAGUUCACAAAAUGUUCGCUCGGAUUUGACAGCGAACAACGAAUGUUCCUCAACGCAAACGUCCAGACUGUUCUCAAAUUCUGUCAAUUCAACUGUGACAACUUUACCCGAACAGUGGAUAACGAUACUAACUGGGUUGAACUCCAUCAAAUGAUCAACGCCAUUCAGCAGCAGCAGUCGUCCAACAGCUUGAACCAUCUGAAUAUUUCCCCUCAUGGCAGCAGUGGAUUGGGGCCGAAAAGCGAAGUCCUCAAAAGACUAAAACUAACUCGAUUGUUUGGCAGUGCCGAUCGCAAUCAAAACUCCUCUUCCGGUCACGAGAAAGAGGACUCGAUCAUAUUUUUCAGUAAAAAUGAUCUGGAGAACCUCGAAUGCGGCCAGCAACAACAACCAAACCAAGUAGAAAGACAGCAACGACAGGAAAUGGACCAACAACCAGUUUCAUUAGCAUCUGGACUAAGCGAUAAAAUGAAAGUUUUCACACCAAACAAAAAGAAAUGGUUUAAAGGCUUCCGGUCCCACGAAAGCCAAGCGCAAGAAACUACCGCCGAAGAACAUGAAAAGAAGCAAGGCAGCAUUGAUCGUUAUCAAGACAUGUCCAGGUUGAUACAAGAACGGUUCGGUGACAUCGAUAUCAACAGUACUAGCGUCAGUAAAGCAAAUUCAGAUAUCGGCUACGAUGAUGCAAUAAGCGGAAAUCCCGAUGAGACGAAUAACGUUAAUGGGUUACAAAAGUGCCUUUCACUACAGCAUAUCGAUUUGAAAGGAGCUAACAGUAGUGUGGAUAUUAGGAAUAGUGAAAAGCCCGACUUAGUUAACCAUCUUAGUAUGAUCGAAAAGAAUCAUUCUGAAGAAGCGUUAUCAGAUUCAGAAGACACCAUAUUUUUCCCGAUAAGAAGCACCGCCAAUCAGCAAUCAUUCAUGACAGAGAAGCUCUACAGCGAGUUCCACGUUAAAACCAAGCAGCACAGCAAGUCACACUCCAGCAUACAACAUUUGCUUAACCUAGCUAGUCCGCAGCGGAUGAGCGACAGCAAAAACAAAUUCAAGGCGCUCGACAAAAAGCGAUCUGAAAUUAUUCUCUCUUUUGAGGAUCUCCAAAGUCUCAAUAAAGAUGAAGAACUUGCUGAUAGCUCGCAUCGCACUCAAUGGAGCAUUUUAGACGAUCUUCCGUACAGCAACGUCCGAGACUCCAUUAUCAUACAGGAAACUGAACGUCGAACUUCAUCGGAAGGCAUCUACGCUGAAAUUUGUCCCGAUUCUCCGGUGGAAUCACCAUCGAUUUCACCCCCUACGCAGCCACUUUUUUCCGCUCAACCACCUCCACGACCAGAGAAACGAUUUACGAGCAUUCGCAUCAAUGUACCAUCCAGCGAUUCGUGCCAAAUCGUUAGUCAUAAUCCAGCAGGCAAUCGUUGUGCGUCCAAUGUUGCUAGUCCUGUAGAUGACAACAUUUACAAUACCAUAAAAUAGCAAAUCCAGCAUUGCUAGCAAUUAUCAGUACUCAAUCACCAUUUUACAUAAUCGACUAAGCGUCACCUACAUGAUGAUAGAAUCGCUCAAAAUACGUGCCUUCAAAACUUCCUCUGAGCUCAAUAUGCAAAACAACAAUCAAACUCAAUAAAUUCGCUUAAAAAGCUCUUCAAAGUACAUAUAAACAUAAAGAUAGAAUCUUGCUUUGUAAUAGAUUUUAGAAAUUAAACAGGGAUAGCGGAGAGGAAGAAAACAACGGCGACCAAAGUAUUACCGGAACUUGUGAUAAAAAACGCAUGAAAGCAAUGACUAAACUAAUUUAGAUUAAAUCUUGAACUCAGCAUUAAUAACUGAAAAACGCAUAUAUUGUGUGAUUCAAUCGUAAAAUCACUCCAACAAUUUUAAACUACACUCAGUGUAUACCAUUUAUUAGCGUUGCUCUAGUUCAAUGGCAGCCCUUUUCUAGUUUACAAAUUCAAUCCAAGUCGCACUCAUUUAGGCAAUUGAAUUCGAAGCAAUAUUCCCUCUAGAAAUCGUAAUUUAAAACUACCUAUAUCGCAAAACGACGUGGAUAAUGUUAGACAAUACCAUUCUUAAAUAAACCGUCAUAUGUAUGAAUAGUAUUUAAAUAAAAAGAAAUGAAUAAAAAAAACC